UGCUCAAACCAAGGAAAUUGUGCGAUACAUGUGUGAGCACCCAAAGUUUGCCCGGGGAGCCCAAAUGGGCUAUGAUGGGACCCGGACAAGGGAGGAGAUGUGGGAGGAGCUUGCUGAGAUCCUCAAUAAGUUGGGCGGGAGGAAAGAGGUAGAGCAGUGGCAAGUGAGCUGGCGAGAUAUCAAGUCGAAGGCUACGGCAAAAGCUGCUGGGAACCGGAAGGAUCGGGCAGCAACAGGGAAUAAGGAGAUCACCACCAUACCUCUCACCGAGCUGGAGCAAAAGGUGCCCUACGAGUGCGAGAGAGACAAAGCGACGAUCGUAGCCGUAGGACACGGGGGAGGGAGGCGGGGCAGUGCGGAGCUAGGCCGAUCGGACGUUUCGCCGCCGCGUCAAAAAAUCCGAAAAGGACCCGAAGGAUUCUGCAGUCCUCCCCCCUCUCGUCCCCUCCUCACCUCUUCUCCACCGGCACCAACAGGCUUAACACCCCUUAAAAUGAACAUGUAA